AUGUUUCUCUUGGACUAUCUACAACAUCGGCGAGAUUGGUCAGUCUUUCUUUUAGAUACUAUAUCCAUCUUCUAUACGAGCCUCACAUCCUACCAUGCUCCCUUCAGUGUCUUGGACCGGGAAAUCGUCAACAAGCCCAUUGAGGAACUAGUUCAAGACGUACAGAAGGAUCCUAGCAAGGCCACAGACUACCUCCACACCUAUGGCAAAGUUGCCCUCAAAGCACAUGAAAAGACCAACUGUGUAACAGAGGUCUUGCUUUCCUCUGCUGAGGAGUGGCUUGCUGAUGGUUCCAUCAACUUCAAGGGGCCUCUGGCUGGCAUCCCUGUGAGCUUGAAGGACACAAUCGAGGUUGCUGGCUAUGACAGCACGGUCGGAAUGAGCACAUAUGUGGGGAAGCCUGUCAAGGUUGAUGGCAACACUGUGAGGAUGCUCAAGGACGCUGGUGCUGUGCCAUAUGUCAAGACCAACGUGCCCAUUACACUCCUGAGCUUCGAGUCAUCCAAUGAUAUAUGGGGAGAGACUUCGAACCCUUACAACAAAAAGUACACCGCGGGCGGCUCUACUGGAGGCGAGGGUGCUCUUCUUGCUCUCGGCGGCCGUAUCGGUAUUGGAAGCGAUGGAAUCUAUGCUCUCAAGUGUUCGACUGGAAGAUGGAUGAAGACAGGCGUGGUAACUAGCAUGCCCGGUCAGGAUGGUGUACCAGCAGUCUACAGCCCCAUGGCACGAACCCUGAACGACUUGACGUACUUCACUCGAUCAAUCAUUCAAAUGAAGCCUUGGACUUACGACUACUCCUGCCACCCUCUUCCCUGGAGGUCAGAUGUUGAGCAGGAUUUCGCGGAAAAGAAGAGUCUCCGAGUUGGCAUUCUUCGAACCGACGGCGUUGUGGAUCCAAGCCCUGCCUGUAAGAGAGCUCUGGAAAUCACUGAAGCCGCUCUUCGGAAAGUAGGCCAUGAGAUUGUUGAGAUCGACCCUCCUUCCCCGUAUGAAGCUCUGUGUCUCGCAUCGAUUCUCCUCUGCAGCGACGGUCUAGAGACAGUCAAGUCGUUCUUCCGAUGGGGAGAAUGGAAUGAUCCCGGCGCAGCUCAAAUGACCUUCUACUUUAACCUACCUCGACCUCUCAAGUACCUGCACUAUCUAUGGGUCAAGUAUAUCCGACGAGAUUCUAUUUGGGCUGGACUCUUGCGCAACUGGCAUCCCCAGUCUGCAAGCGAAAUCUGGGGACUCAACGCUAAGCGCGAGUUGUAUAAGAGGAAGUGGUUCGACUGGUGGGACAAGUCUGGUGUAGACUGCUUGAUUACCCCUCCUAACGCGACUCUGGCUGUUCCUCACAAGGGAAUGCAUGACGCCUGCAGUAGCUGUGGCUACACGUUCUUGUUCAACUUGCUCGACUACUCUGCUGGUGUCUUGCCAGUAACACAUGUUGACAAAGCCAAGGAUCAACUGCCAGUCGGGUUCAAGCUAAACAGCCUAAAUGGUAUUGCACAGGGAGCGUACAAGCUUUACGAUGCAGACGCCAUGCAUGGCUUGCCCGUAGGUGUCCAAGUUGUUGGUCGCCGACUAGAAGAGGAAAAGGUAUUGGCAAUUAUGAAGAGAGUGGAGGAUGCUUUGGGUGAAGAUAAGUUCCCCCUACUAGAGCUUGAUUAA